AUUAAUCUGCGAGUUAACCAGUUGCUUUAAGUAAAGGCGUGUUCGAUAGAACGUAGUGGUGCUGUGCCCCAAUUCUUGAAAAUAGGGCCCGGUGUGUUCCUUAAACCUGGUGAUUAGCAUAAUAAUACCCGAACCAUGGAGGGGGCCAAAUUGGAAAUAUCCGGAGGCAAGAAAUCAGGCAACAAUUCACCAACAGCAACUUAUAAGGCGCUCACGGAGAAAGACAUGGAAGAGGACACGGUAGCUCGACCUAAAUCCCUGGUUAAAGUGAAAACCGAGUCACCGGAGGCAGACGGGGCCGAUGAGAAGAUGUUGCCCAAGGAAGAUGCGAAAUUAACGACGAAUUCCAAUGUGGAAAUUGGCAAUGUUAAAGUGUCCUCUCCCAACGAAAAGCAAAAUGGGGAUGCCAAGCUUGAUAUUGGUGAUUUGAAGCCGGCGUUCGUGGGUCUCACAAAGGAGGAAUUGAUGAAAUACGCCAAUGAUCCCUUCUGGGUUAGACUGCGAAUGUUUCUUUUUGUUACCUUCUGGAUAUUGUGGGCCGCCAUGUUAGUGGGUGCGGUGCUUAUCAUCUAUGCCGCCCCGAAGUGUCCCGCUCCCGAACCAAGACCGUGGUGGGAACAAGGUCCGUUAACUGAAGUGCCAUCGGAUAUCAAUCUGGAAACGUUAAAAUCGGAAAAAUUGGCUGGUUUCAAGGGCUUUAUACUUCCAUGGACGGAAGACACGUAUUCGAACACGAUAUCCGACACCCAUCAAAUCGUUAAGUUGCUGCAGGCAGCCAAGGCAAACGAUACUAAGAUAAUCGUAGAAGUUGAUCCCAGCACGUCACAGUCUUGGUUCGAGCAGUCCGAAAGCAAGGACCCCGUCUUUGAUAACUAUUACAUCUGGAAGAAGCCCAAGGAUGGUAGUGCAGAAGAUAAGCCAGAACCUCCAAAUAAUUGGAAAAAGGUUCACACCAACGAGUCAUCAUGGGUGUACUCUUCAAAACGUAAGGAAUUCUAUUACGCCCCACUGAGCAAACCCUUAUUAAAUUUCCGUAAUCAAAAUGUCACAAAUGAGUUUGUGAAGGUCAUUAAAUUAUUCGCGGACAAGGGUGCGGCCGGAUUCGUGCUGAAGAACGUCGCUUGGCUAUUGGCAGAUACUAAGUUUGAGGACGAGGCUAUCAACAACAAUCCGAAGCUCGGCAAUUUCGGAAUGAUGGAUUAUGAUUUCUACACCCAUACCAAAACUGAAAAUUUACCAGAAUUGGGAUCGCUGUUAGGAAAGUGGCGUAAAGCUGUGAAAAAUUUGACCCUGUCUGGUCCAUUUAUGGUUAAGGAAGAGUUGCACAACGUGAACUCUUAUAGAGACGAAAAGCAAUCAUUGAUGGUCGAUCUACCUGUACAGGGACAUGUUUUGUCGAAACAGUCAAUCAACGUUUCCGACUUGGUGAACUCAUUGAAUAUAUCAUUCAACGCAGAUAACGUUGCUUGGCCUCUGUGGAAGGUGAAUGCCACAGCAGUUCCUACAGACGCAAUGCAUUUAGUAACUUACCUACUGCCAGGUGUUCCUUUAAUACCCUACACUGAUGGAGUCAACGCAGAACUUACCAAGCUUAGGGAUACUUCUAAAUCCAUUAUGUGGGGCAACACAACAUAUUGGGCAGUUGCCAAUAAGACUGUGUUCACCUUUUUAAGGGAAAUUGUGGGCAGUCCUGGUAUUUUAGUAAGCUUAAACCCAACAGAUGAGAGAGUGGAGGUGGACUUCGCCAAAGACAUACCUCCAUUGUCAAAGUUGGAGGAAGUUACAGUUUUAUCCUACAGUUCCAGUUACAAUGAAACGGAAUUCAUGAAGAAAAAUGCCAAGAAGAAGGCGUCCAAUGUUCCUUUGUCGCCCAAAUCAACACUCGUUUUGUUGUAUGUUCCACCAAAGGAUUAAUUUGUAAACAUUGUAAUACAUUCCAAGAUUAAUGUUUAAUUUAAUCCAAUAAACGUAUCAGAAGAUACAAGCAGCAAGAA